GCGGCACUACGCCUACAGCGGACAUGAUCACGCUCCAACAUCAUCGACACUAACGUAUCGACACUAACGUGAAGACAAUACACAAGCAUCAUUUGAGCAACAUGCACACUCGCUCAGCGGGAGAGCCCCAUGUACACAGUCAUGGCCUGGAUUCCCCCCUACUCACCAAUGCAGCGUUGGUUGAUUGACAUGAUUCUAUGAUUAAAAUGGACCCAUGUUUGAAGUGAUAUCGUCGAAUAUGACUGUUGACUCUGACCAUUACUGACCUCUAUAGCUCUGUGCAUCGACCGUGAUCCACAGCUUCUCCUCACCAUGGUCUCUAUACGACACAAGCGAUCUCCAGCGAAGACUCUCACAUUGCCUUUCCCACCUUCGUCCAGCUCGCCCUGUCCAGCCGAACCAGAGCAGGACGGACAAAGGCUGAGUGACUCGAGUCUGGCACCGAGUGAUGGAUACUCUGCUCUUUUCGCAUCUGGGUUCCUCAAACAGCCUUACAUCGAUCAAGAUGGCCCUUCGCCAACCUUGUCAUCUUUUCCCUCCCCGCCAAAAAGCAUUCGAGGUCCAUUCCACCCUGGUGUUGAGCUAUCUCCCGAGCGGUCAGGUGAUGACUAUUCGCCUGUCAAACGAGCUUUCGACGCUUAUGGAUCGGGGUACAACGUCUCACCUGGCAAAUCCCCUAGGAAGCGUUCAUCCAUUAUCCACACGACCUCAUCUUCCGUUUCACCAAGAAAAGUCAAACUCAAAGGCUGUGAUGGAGGCGUUGAGCGAGCGCUUGACAACGUCAUGAGGUCGUUAAAAGUCAUGGCGAUGGGCACGCCGAGGAAAGGGGUGUCGGGUGAAGAAGACGAGGUCGAUGCGAGUCGUUGGUCCUCCUCUUCGGAAGAGUCGAUACGAAGCACUUGUGCAUCAGAUGAGAAUGGAGGAGGGUUCUGGAGACCUCGCAAGUCAUGCGAGAGUUCAAGAUCAAGAAUCACACUACGAUCUGUCAAGUCCAACACGACUCUCCGAUCCAUCAAGAGCAAGAAGAGUUUGAAGAGUCUGCGACAAAGUGACGAAUCAGAAAGGAUGGACAUGGACGAUGUACCGCCCGUUCCGGAUACUCUACCUACUUUGACACCUACGCGGAGUCGACGGAUGUUGCAGGGGAUAGCGAAAAGCUUAGGUCUGACGCCAAGAAAGAAGAAGAAGACGACAUCUCCAGAGGAUACUUUCCCUUCCUGUGGUUUGCCUCAACCUCCAGUGGACCGUGUGCCCCCCCGUAAAUCCUCGUUCUCCUCUUUACGCUCUGUCCUCUCUCGCAAGACGUCCACAGGCACACUACGCUCUACCCGAUCGGGCUCGACACAUCCUUUUGUCCAUUCUGGUGGACCUAUGUUCGACUGCGGCAGCCCUCCACCUCUUCCACCACGAUGGAAAGAGGGGUACCAUGGUGAAGGGUGCUUGCCACCUGUCACGCCAAAAGGCAGACGGACCCCAAAGACUUCGAUAGGCGCUCCCCGUCUCCAGGCUUCUACAUCGCCCUCCUUGUUCCUCAAGGAUCAGCCUAGAAAGGCGCCAGGUACACCCAAAGACGAUGAUGACUUGCCCUCCGAUUUCCCUCCGUUGCCAUCACUGUCCAUCGACACGUCUCUCGACUCAAUCUUCGACAACCCAUCCGUCUUCAUCGAUACGCCUAAUGCCACUGCCGAGCAUGUAGAGCCGAAUGACAACGAAGCUAUCGAGAUCAUCUCCUUCUCAACGCCACUGACCGCGAAAGCUGCUCUCAUGGCUGAAUCCAGUGCCUCAAAACCACCCCAGCGAUUGAUCGACCUCUUGCCUCGACAACAGAGGAUCAACCUCGGUUUGAGGAGCCCUCCUUCCAGCGGAAAGACACAGCUCAAAACCAAGCAGUCCACAACGCCUGGAGUAGGCAGUCCUGCUAGGAUGAAGAUUGGCUCAAAUGGUCUCCCUGCACCAAAGGAUUCACCAAAGGUUCUCAAACUAAAACGCAAGCCAUCGCCAGAGCUUCCGAGUGAAGUAAGCGGCACGGCCCCCACGACAUGUUCCAGCGUCGGUCGGCGCUCGCCUUUUGCACCGGUCCAUGUCAACAUGGCCGAGAUCGCCCAGUCUAGUGCAGCCACAGCUUGCGCCUCGUCGCACAGUAUCAAUCCGUCUGUCUCUUCUCAAUUCUCACUGGGCUCCGUAGCAGGUACGUUUGGUACGUUUGGCAAUACUCCACCCCUCAGAGUCAAGCCUCGUAAGACUGUACCCGACUUUUCCGCCUCUCCGGAUCAAUCGUUCAACGAUACAUUUCGAAGCAGCGCCAUUUCCCUCGCGAGUUUCGAUGUGGACUGCUGGCGAAAGAGGUUCGAAGCUGGUCUAGGGAGGGACUGGCGGAGCCGAUUUGAUCAGGUCGAUUUACGAGAGGUCAACGAGGAUGAUAUGGACACUGAGAACAGUCAUGUGGCUACCGAAGAAUGGGAGUUGGAAGCGUAUUUAAAGCAAUUGGAGAGUGUAGAUGGGCACAGUGUGAAGAGUAGGAGAGAGGAGGAGGAGGAGGAGGAGGGACAGUAUCACGGUAUGAGCUGUUGAUGUUGAGCUGUAUGAGGAAGCUGGUCUGGUCACUGGCGGCUGGAUGCUAUACAAGAGAGACAGAGAUACACGUGAUAGGCGAUAGUGCAUGUAUACAG